AUGAACCCAUGUGAAGCGGACCCAGAAAAAAUCCCUACAACUGACUUGUACGCGGAUGUGCCGUUUUAUGGUCGAUACUGCCCGAAACCUAAUGACUUCCGCAUCGACCUCCAGCAUGUCAAAUCCCAAACUACAGACUCCCUAAGAUACUGGGCUUCGGUUGUUAGUCGCUGCACCGAAGAGAUCCGAAUUUACCCUGCUGACGAAGGCGGGCGCGAUGUUUUUGCACUCGGUAGCAUCAUCGUGAAGUCCAGUCAUCUUCACGCACGCGAGGGUGCUCGAUAUAUGGAGAUUGACUUCUCAUACGCCGAUGCAAAUGAGCUUCGGGCAAUUGCUCUGGCAAAGACUGUUUUGAAGGAUGCCAAAGUUCCAGAAAUCUAUUUUGCUGGCAAGAUCAAUGGUCGCCAAGUGCUGGUCCAAGAAAGGCUUCCAGGUGUUGCAUUAUCUGUCGCAUGGCCGUAUCUGUCUAGCGGCCAGAGGAAGUCCUAUAAAGAACAGGCCAGGAAGAUACUCCGUCAACUUCACACUAUCAAGCCUACAGAGAAACUUCAAGCUCGCGCCCAUGUGGUAUCGGACCCCAACAUACUCAGUAAUGGCCGGAUCAACCCGUUAGAAGGGGACAUCCUUUUUUCGGGCACGAAUUAUGAUCCUGAUAUGAGCUUCAUGCAUAACGAUUUUACCGAGUCUAACUGUAUUGUUGACAACGGCACGAUUGUGGGACUUAUUGACUGGGAAAUGGCUGGAUUUUUUGGCUGGAAGACUGCCGGAGAAGUCCACCGUCGUAUCAGAACCCCACAACGAGAGCAUUUCGUGAAUGCCAACUUGAGGGAGGAACAGCUCCAGGAUAUGAUGUUCUGGAGUGACCUAUAUGAUGAUGGCAUGCCGGAGCAUUGA